UGUUUGCGCGGCGCUCCCUGCCUGGUUCGGAGCCGGAGCUGGUGGCACCGGCGCUGCCCUGCCCGGCCCCGCCGCGGAAGGGCCGCGGCGCCCGCCCGGAGCGCUGAAGCUGCUGCACCGCGGCGGCGGAAGAAGAGUCGCUCGCCAUGCCAAAGUUACGAAAAACCCAAGGAGGGAAGCAAGAGAAGAAAGUUAUCCAUCCAUACAGCAGAAAAGCUGCACAGCUUGCAAGGGAAGUACACAAACAGGAAAAGAAAGAAAAGUUGAAGACUGACAAAGCUUUGCGUUUAAGUAUCAUUGGAGAAAAACUGCAAUGGUUUCAAAGUCACCUUGACCCUGACAAAAUUGAGUACACAAAGAAGGAAGCUGGUGAACUAAUUGAAAAUUAUAUGUGUCGAUUCAAUGCUGAAUUGGAGCAGAUUGAAUUACAAAACAGUAUUAAAGGUAGACAAGGAAGACAGCAUGGUUCAAGGGAAACUGUCAUCAAGCAGACAAUAGAACGUGAAAGACAACUCUAUGAGGGCUAUGGAAUAGAAAUUCCAGACAUCAUGAACAGAAAGCAUCUCAAAUUUUUCAGAUUUAUGAGGGACUUUAUGUAUGUACAUGGCAUAUUAGAUCUGCAAAUUAAGCAUCCAGAUGAAGAAACUGUUCCAACCUGCUUACCAGACUGGGAGUUGAAUGAGACAAACCUAAAAGCAGGUGGCCUAAAGUAACUGAAGAGAAUGGGAUGGUGAUCUGAGGAAACUGCCAAACAUCAAAAUGAAAAAGCUGUCAGCUAGGGAUGCUGCUUGCAGUCACCCUGAGGUGGCAGAUGUGGAAGCAAAAGAAGACUUGAAUAAAGGAGAAGAGGUGCCC